AUGGGUCUUAUUUCUAGUGCGUGUUUCAAAUAUUUCACCUUCGUCACUCUUUCCUCCAUCCCGGAAUACAAAUUUACUGACAAUAUUGUCCAAACAGAGUUCGAGCAGAAGGUCGACGAGAAGGUACACGGCAAGCAGCACGAACGAGAAAGACAAGAGAAAGAGAUGCGUGAACAGAAAAAACGCGAUGAAGAGAGACGGUAUCACGACAGGCGCGAGGAUGAGAAACGUGACGAUGAACGUCGGUAUCAACAAAGACGUGAUGAAGAAAGACGUGAGCAGGAGAAGCGUGACGAGGAGAGGAAACAACAAGAGGCAAAGCACGAACAGGAGAAACGUGACGAGGAGCGGAAAGAACAGGCAAAGCAUGAACAGGAGAAGCAUGAUGAGCAGCAUCAGCAAACGUCCACGAGUGACGGACAGGGUUUUAACAGAGGUAUGAGAGGCGGUAUGGGUGGUAUGAGGGGUGGAAUGAGGGGAGGUAUGCGUGGGGGGAUGAUGGGAGGUAUGAGAGGUGGUAUGGGUGGUCCGGGUGGUUUCUAA